AUCUUAAAUCGGUCCCACUCAGGAGUUUGAUCUUAAUGGGUUAAUUCGGUAGGUUAAUACAAAUUGAUUUUAAGAGCUGAGAGACUCCAGCAGUUUUAAGUGACAAUGAUGGCUCCUUGUGCCAGCUCCUGAGUGUUUCUCCUUCCUUCUCUAGGUGAAGGAGCUGGUGCUGGAUAACUGCCGCUCGGACGAUGGGAAGAUCGUCGGCCUUUCCUCGGACUUUGAAAAUCUGGAGUUCCUCAGCAUGAUCAACGUCAACCUGCUGUCUGUCUCCAAUCUCCCCAAGCUCCACAAGCUCCGCAAGCUGGAGCUGAGCGAUAACCGGAUCUCCGGUGGCCUUGAAGUUCUAGCGGAGAGGACCCCUAACCUGACCCACUUGAAUCUAAGUGGCAACAAGAUCAAGGACAUCAACACCCUGGAGCCCCUGAAGAAACUGCCGAAUCUGCAUAGCCUGGACCUCUUCAACUGUGAGGUGACAAUGCUGAUCAACUACCGGGAGAGCAUGUUUGCCCUUCUGCCCCAGCUCACCUACUUGGAUGGGUUUGAUGCCGAUGACCAGGAGGCCCCUGACUCAGACCCUGAAGCAGAUGGUGAUGGGCUGGAUGAUGAAUAUGAUGAGAACGGAGAAGAAGGUGAGGAAGAGGAUGACGAUGAGGAAGAUGAGUUGGAUGAGGAAGUCAUUGAUGACGAGGAGGAGGAUGAAGAUGAUCUGGAAGGUGAAGAGGAAGAAGAUGGAGUCGAUGAUGAGGAGGAAGAGGAUGAGGAGGAUGAAGAUGACGACGAAGGUGAGGAGGACCUUCCACAGGGAGAGAAGAGAAAACGAGAUCUAGAGGAUGAGGGAGAGGAAGAUCCAGAAGAUGAAGAGGAUGAGGAGGAUGACUGAUAAUCCUAGCGAGCCAAUCAGUUUUACGGACUAUGACUGUGCUUGUCCUAACCUCCCCAUUGUGUCCAUGUGAGACUGUAAAUCCCCCUCUCCUGGCCCCUCCCCCUUUUGUAUGGCUGCAGUGUCCACAAUAUAUUUUUUUAAGACGUAGAAUACA